AUGGCCUCAUUCGCCCUCUCCGCCCCAGCAAACACCGACGUCUGGAAGAAACCCCCCUCCCACGACGUCUUCACCGCCCCCUACAAAUCCCUCUCCAAGAACCCCUUUCCAAAAUUCCGCUCCGCAAGCCUCACCUUCACAGCAACAUACACCCACCAAUUCGACCAAGCCGGCAUCCUCCUCCUCUUCACCCGUCCCUCCUCCAGCACCCCCCGCAAAUGGAUCAAAGCCGGCAUCGAGCACUUCAACAACGCGCCCCGCCUCUCCACCGUCUGCUGCGACAACUGGGCCGACUGGAGCGUCGCCGACGUCUCCUCUUCCGCGGCAGACAUCCAGGCCGGUGCCAAGGCCGUGACCAUUCUCGUGGAGAGGCUGGAUGCGCAUGACGGGUCGUGCUUGUGGGUGUAUCGGGUCGAGGGCGACGAGAAGACGCCGAUGAGGGAGAUUUGCUGGCCGUAUGGCGAUAAUGGGGGGCAAGGAUGGGAGCUGGAGGUUGGGGCGCUGGUGGCGAGGCCGAGUAAGGAUGUGAAGGAUGAGCUGGAGGUGAAGUUUGAGGGGAUCGAGGUCAAGUGGGACGAUGCUUAG